AUGGCCAACGUCCAAAACAGCCCCCUAACAAUGCCCGAAUCCAUUUCCGAGUCGUCUCAGUCAUACGGCAAGCCUGCAUCGCGAGGCGGCCUGCCGGAAACGAUCAAAGUUGACGGCAACAAGUCUUUGACUUUGACGCCAGAGAACCUCCUAUUGAAUGAUCCUACAGCAAAGAAAGCCAGUCGUACCUGCAGCUUCGCUGGCUUUGGAACGUCAGCACCAGUAACAUCCAGCGUCCCCCUGUACAACGUCCUCUGGGUUGAGCUCGCCGACCAAAGACUCACGAUUGACUACGCCAAGUACGUCGCCAAGCAUAGAGUCCAGGCCGCGCAAUGGAACUUCACGAUCGCCGAUGCCGACACCGCGGAUGUUAGAACAUGGGCAGACACCCUCUUGACGAAGGCCUAUGGACCGGCGAAACGAUGCAAGAGGGCCAAGGUUCUGGUGAAUCCCCACGCGGGCCCAGGAGGCGCGGAGAGAAAGUGGCGCGUGGACUGCGAGCCCCUUUUCAAGGCGGCGCGAAUGCCAAUCGACGUGACCCUCACGACGUACUCGGGACAGGCAGUGGAGCUGUCGCAAGAGCUGGAUGUGGACGCCUUCGACACCAUUGUUACUUGCUCUGGCGAUGGCCUGGCGUAUGAGGUCUUCAAUGGGCUGGGCAAUCGCCCCGAUGCGUUCAGCGCGCUGCAGAAGAUUGCCGUGUCGCACAUCCCCUGCGGAUCCGGCAACGCAAUGAGCUGCAAUCUCUACGGCACCUUUAGACCCUCAUUGGCUGCGCUCGCCAUCAUCAAGGGAGUCGAGACCGCGCUAGACCUGGUCAGCAUCACACAAGGAGACAGGCGGACGCUGAGCUUCCUCAGCCAGGCGCUCGGUGUAGUCGCCGAGAGCGACUUGGCAACGGAGCAUAUGCGCUGGAUGGGCGGUGCGCGCUUCACGGUGGGCUUCUUGCAGCGAAUCUUCCAGAAGAAGUGCUAUCCCUGCGACAUUGCCGCCAAGGUGGAAAUCGAGGACAAGCAAGAGGUCAAGGAGCACUACAAGCGGAUGAUGAGUGCCGCGUCAGCAACAAAUCUUGGGUUUGCGGAGGCCCCUAAGCCGGAAUCCGCGGAGCCGGGAUCGAGCCAAGCCGAGACGCGAGGUCUACCGCCGCUCAAGUACGGCACAAUCAACGAUGAUCUGCCAGAGGGCUGGGAGCUCAUUCCCCACAACACGCUGGGCAACUUUUACUGCGGCAAUAUGGCAUACAUGGCAGCCGACGCCAAUUUCUUCUCGGCAGCGUUCGCGAAUGACGGUCUCAUGGACCUCGUCUUAAUUGAUGGCGACGUGUCGGUCAGCUCUCAGCUGAAUAUGCUGUUGUCCGUCGAGAAUGGCAAAUUCUUCGACAACCCACUCGUAUCAUACAAGAAAGUCACGGCAUACCGCAUAAUCCCGCGCGAUCAAGAAGACGGCUACAUCAGCAUCGACGGUGAGAAGGUGCCGUUUGAGCCAUUCCAGGCCGAGAUUCACAAGAGUCUCGGCAGGGUUAUCUCGAAGCGCGGCGGAUACGAGGCUGCGGGACCCAUGAACUGGGACAAAAUAACGAUUGGUAACAGAAUCAUGGCCUAG